CCGCCCUGGAGGCCGGAGCCGCUGGGCCUGCGGCGCCUCGGAGCGAGCGGCCACAGCGCCCGCCUCAGCCUCGGUCGCGGGGAGCAGGCUCGCCGCUGGUCACAGCUCCCGGCCAGCGCUGUGGCCUUCCUGGGCUCUACGCGUUAACGCCCGGCGACAUGCUCGAGGUCGGUUUCAGCCAGGAUGCGGGAGAGUUGGGGCAAGCUACCUGUAAGACAGCUUAAACUUUUCCUAGGAAUUGCUUUCUGCCGGCCCAUUAGAUCGCAUUGCUUGUUUCGUCUGAGACCUUGUGUGCUUAGGACUGAAAUAAAAGAAGUAUUUUCCCCAUUGUCUUUUUAGGACGUUAUGACUUUUUUCCUCUGCAAGACAGUUCAAAAAACUGCCGGAAGGACAAACUCUUCCCACUCCUAGGGACUGUGUUGUCUUCAGAGUUUGGGGUAGAGGCUAGCAAAUGAGAAGGCCCUGUCUCUACAUCCUAUCCUCCCAGACAUCCUCAGAGGAUCUUCGUUUCCAACUAGCAUCUUUCUAGCAUUCAGAGAGACUUCUUCAGGGUCAUGAUCCUGAAGGCUUGACCUGUAUACAAGGAGAGAGAAGUUGUCUCCUGAGCCCCAAAAUGGCAGCUAAAAUGGAGAUAACUUUGAGCUCCCACACUCAGGCUUCCUCCAAGCAAGAAAGACACAUAAUAACAAAGCUAGAAGAGAAAAGAGGGCCCACUCUGCAAAAGAACUGCCCCGAUCCUGAGCUCUCUCGCCAGAGCUUUAGACAGUUUUGUUAUCAAGAGGUGUCUGGACCCCAAGAGGCGCUCUCCCAGCUCCGACAGCUCUGCCGUCAGUGGCUACAGCCUGAGCUGCACACCAAGGAGCAGAUUUUGGAACUUCUGGUGAUGGAGCAGUUCCUGACCAUCCUGCCCACGGAGAUCCAGGCUCGGGUCAGGCAUCGAUGUCCAAUGAGCAGCAAGGAAAUUGUGACCCUGGUGGAAGAUUUUCACAGAGCAUCCAAGAAACCAAAACAGUGGGUGGCCGUUUGUAUGCAGGGGCAGAAGGUGCUCUUGGAGAAAACUGGAUCUCAGCUUGGAGAACAGGAACUUCCAGACUUUCAACUGCAAACUCCUAGGACAGAUCUCAGGGAGAGCUCUCUGGAGGAGCCUUCCCAGACAGGAUCUCAUGACCGACUGAGCCCCCAUGAUUGGGAGAAAUCCCCACUCCUCCAGGAACCAGUCCCCAAGUUGGCUGGGACAGAGGCCCCCAGAAUAAGAAGUGACAACAAGGAAAAUCCACAACAGGAAGGGGCUAAAGGAGCAAAGCCAUGUGCAGCAUUAGCUGGUAGGUCCAAAGGGAACAGUCUGGAGAGCUCUGAACCGAGAGGGGCAAAUAUAAGUGAACCCCGGUUGUCACGGAGGCAGGUCAGCCCCCCAAAGGCUCAAAAGCCAUUUGCUCACUACCAGAGACAUUGCAGGGAACUGGAAUACAUCAGCAGCCCCCUAAAAAGCCAUCCACUGAGAGAGCUGAAGAAAAGCAAAGGAGGUAAAAGAAGCCUGAGCAGUCGUUUGCAACGUCUCAGUCGCCAGCCAACCCGUUCAGCAAAGAAACCUUACAAGUGCGAUGACUGUGGGAAAAGCUUCACAUGGAAUUCAGAGCUGAAAAGACACAAGAGAGUCCACACAGGAGAGAGACCCUACACAUGCGGAGAGUGUGGAAACUGCUUUGGACGGCAGUCAACCCUGAAGCUGCAUCAGAGGAUCCACACUGGAGAGAAGCCAUACCAGUGCAGCCAGUGUGGGAAAAGCUUUCGCCAGAGCUCAAAUCUUCACCAGCAUCACAGACUCCACCACGGGGACUGAAAGGAGUGCUCCAUGCUUUAGACUUCACGAGGAAGGUAUUUGCAUCUCUCCUCCCCCUUACUUGCAUGUAAAUCACAAAGACUUUCUCUGUGACUUACAAAGAAAGCAGGAGGCCCUUGAGAAAGGUUGGUCACAUUUGGCUGGCAAGGAGCUCCAGAAGAGGCUGGCCUGGUCCCCAACAGUGCAUGCUAACAGAGCAAAGAGAUGGCAGGUCAUCUGAGUGUUGGAUCAAAGAGAACUACAGUCUCUGCAGAGAGCUGGGAGUAACCACUGAGGGAGAAUCAGGACCAUCCUGCAGGUGGCCCCCUAUUGUUAAAUUAUCCCCCUGUUGCUUUAUUUAUCCUCUAAAAUAUGUAAAGGGUAAAUUCUAUGUAUAUAGUUGUGCAUUUGCCAUCAUACUAGGCAAUUUCUAUCAUAUGCACACUUCCUUAAUAAAGAUGAGUAAUCCACCAGCA